CUCUUCCUGCCUAUUGCAGCUCGCCGUCGCGUACGACGAGCAACACAGCGAUCACAACCAUGGCACUCCCGCCGUCCGUCGAAGUCCCCAUCGUGUCCUCCGCCAUGAGGGCAAACGUCCUCGACGAAGAUCCGAGUCCGCUCGCGGUGCAGUUCGAUGACACUUGUGUGGUCAUCCCCGACCCAGUCGUCCAAUCGCGCAUGCCUCGGCUCAUCAAAAAGUCCUACUCUCUUCCGCUUUGGAGGAAGAGGUCCAAUUCCAACCUGCCACCGACAGACACUGUUGAAGUGGCGGGCAGCCCAGAGGACAGGCCCGGUGUAUCCAUCACCGUCCCAUUACCCAGUUUUUCCAAAUCUCGCUCUCCGAGUCAGGGCGAGCAGAUCCAUCAACCCUUGGUCUCGUGCCUUGUCAACGGGCACACGCCCUCGCCUCGCAAACUUGCCAGACGGCCAUCCCUCCCUCUCCCACCCCGUCUGGACGCCGCCACGGUGCCGUUGCGCCCGUGCUGCCUCGAGUGCUACCCGAUCACAGAAGAGUGUCUGCGCAAAGACGUCACCUGGGAAGAGAAGUUCACGCGCGGAGCGCGGCGGCGGCGGAACUCGAGUGCGGACGCACACGUACACGCACACGCGCACGUGCAGCGGCACCGCAAAGUGUGCGACGACGUGCCCGGCUUCGAGAGCGUCGUCUUCGCGGACGAGGUCGACAAGCGGCGUUCCGGCACUUUUGAAACGCUGGAAGUGUCCUCAGACGGCGAGGUCGAACAGCUCGUGCCGUCGUUCUCGCGGCGGCUGGAGUUCGGCGCAGAGCCUCUCGCCUCGCGGAACGCUGUUGUGAUCGCGGAGGAGGCCGAGGAGGCCCUCUUCCCGCUGCCCUCACCGAGCGCGUCCUUUUCCCACCUCCCCCUGUCUGCCCCUGGUGACAGUUCCGCUCUGCUUUCACAGAGUCCCGACGCCGUGCCUAGCCUCUCGCCUGCUGGGGCGCCUGCGCUAGACGACGCGCACCGCGCGAGCGUGUACUACACCCCCGACAGCUCGCCCCUGGCGUCGCCGCGCGAACCCGCAUACACCCGAAGCUCGCGCGAGAGCUCGUUGUCCCGCGGCUCGGACCCGCCGCUCACGCCCUCGCCGCCAGUGCCAGCAAAAGACGCGUCUGCGAAACGUGGCAUGUCGAUCCCGCUCGCGUCGUUCGAGUUCGUCGCGUCGCCCGAGCUGGACCUCCCCGCAUACCCCGUCAUGCGCCAGAGCGCCUCCGCCGCAAGCCUGCCAGGCACCCCCGAGCUCGGGGCGGUGCCGCGGAGGAAGCACUUCAUGCACAUGCCGAACCUGCCUGGGCCGGGGUCGUUCCUGCGGGCGGGAGCGGAUCUCUUCAAGAGCGUCGGCGGUCUCGGAGGGGCGGUCCCGCUCAGCGUGUAGUCUGUCAUUGCGAGUCUGCAAUGUCGACGCUGUAAAGACGUUCCUAAACUUUGGAGACUUUUGGGAGGCUGUUGGUGGCGCAUAUACCCAUCAUUUUGGUUGUUGGUGUCGAUUUGCUUUGUUGUGCGGGUGUGGAUUUUGGCUUCAGUGUUCUCUGCAUCAGUGUAUUUGUACCUCUCAUGCAUAUUGUCUUUGUGCAUAAUCUUCUCGUACACAUCCUCAUAACUUCAUUCAUCUCAAUUGUCCAUCGCUGUUCCAUUGUACGCUAGUAGCCUGUUGUUCGACCCCGUCGUAAU